AUGUCAGCUCUAUGGGUGGAUCUGCCGGACAAAGGAAAAGACAGAGAAGUGGUGACUCAGCGACUCAGCGUUCACAAGAAGGAGCUGUGGGGGGAACAAGCACACUCUGAAGAAGCCUCUAAAUUCCAUCUGUUUCAAGUCAUGAAUAGAGUAUGCAGCGUAGUUGGUGGGGAGCGGCAGUCCAGUUCCUCAGAUCAACCUGGGCAAGAAGUUGUGAGCCCACGGAGGAGCCUGAACACUUAUUCCUAUGACAAAUACCAUCCCAUGGGUGAGAUCUAUGAGUGGAUGAGCCAGGUCAGCGAGAAGCAUGCAGACUUGGUGACACAACAUUUCCUAGGAAUGACCUAUGAGACCCGACCAAUGUACUACCUGAAGAUUAGCCAACCAUCCAACAACCCCAAGAAGAUCAUUUGGAUUGACUGUGGAAUUCAUGCCAGGGAGUGGAUUGCCCCUGCUUUUUGCCAAUGGUUUGUGAAAGAAAUUGUACAGAACUAUAAGGACAACUCAAGAAUAAGCAGAUUCCUUAGGAACCUGGACUUCUAUGUUCUUCCAGUCCUUAACAUUGAUGGUUAUAUCUAUACUUGGACCACGGAUCGUCUUUGGAGGAAAUCCCGUUCAUCCCAUAGUAAUGGCACAUGUUUUGGAGUGGAUCUCAAUCGAAAUUUCAAUGCGUCUUGGUGUAGUAUCGGUGCAUCCACAAACUGCCAAGAUUUAACAUUCUGUGGAACAGAACCAGUGUCUGAGCCAGAGGCUAAGGCUGUCUCAAGCCUUAUAGAGAGCAAGAAGAAGGACAUUUUGUGCUUCCUGACCAUACAUUCUUAUGGACAGCUCAUUCUCACACCCUAUGGAUACACCAAAAAUAAAUCAAGUAACCAUGAAGAAUUGAUUCAAGUGGGACAGAAGGCAGCAAAUGCAUUAAAAGCAAAGCAUGGAACCAAUUAUAGAGUUGGAUCUAGUGCAGAUAUUUUAUAUGCCGUGUCAGGGUCCUCAAGAGACUGGGCUCGAGACAUUGGGAUCCCCUUUUCAUACACAUUUGAGCUGAGGGACAAUGGUACUUACGGGUUUAUUCUGCCCGAAAGCCAGAUCCAGCCCACCUGUGAGGAGACCAUGGAGGGCGUCCUCUCACUUCUGGAUGAAGUCCACACAAAGAACUGGCCUGUCAACAGUGCCAGGAGGGUGUCAGCCACUACUGCUGUAGACAGACAUCCUCAGCAUCUGAGCAACAAGGAAAUCAAUAAAGACUUUGGAGGGGAGCAAGAAGAAUGUGCAAGAAAUCAGCGAGCUCAAGAUCCUAGCCAAGAUGUGAGUGUCUUCAUGAAGGAGACUGAGACUACCGUGCGGGCUCCUGGCUCUGCACCCGAUACCACCCAGCAGUACCAGCAACUCGUGAUGGAGACUUCAGAUUUCGUCUCUGCUUCCCUGGUUGCUUGA